AAAUAGAAAUAUUUCUACAGUAUUUAGGCCUACAGCCUACAGAAGAAGAUCAAAUGAGACGGACAGAAAUACUGUUCGGAUUUUCAGUAACGACGCAUAUAAUUGGCCCGUCUUGAGUUCGUGUAUCCAAUCAAACUCCAGUUUGCUGUUACCAAGAAGCAGAAGACGCGGGAGAGAAAUCUCUUGAACUGAAAGGCUACUUGAGAAAGACGGAUUAAUGGACAGCAAAUAUUCAUUUUUACGGGGGAAUAUGCUUGUCGAACAUCAACAUAAGUUUCAUUUUUCACCUAGCAUGCAACUGUCGGUCUCAGCAUAGCAGAGCUUACGUUAGCAGCGAGAGCUAGCUACCGUCGAAGUUCCAGUUUGCUAAUGUAUCGUAGCCAGCUAGCUAGCGUUAGCUAACCUAGCUAGCUAGAUGAACUUAUUUAAGCCAGUAUCGCUUAGCAAUGUUACGAAUGUCGGUCGUAAACUUAUAUUUGACCCACUUUACCGAUUAACUGUAAACUAGCGUUACUUUGAAACGUUGCUUAUCAAAAUGGCAAGCACCGUGGGGGGAGUCGGCACCGGUGUUUUCGUUAUAGCCAUCGUUUGGAUUGUAGCUCUUGUGUUUGGGAUGAUGCUGCUGAGAGCAUCUGGAUCCGCAAAGUUAGGCGUUAUCCCCACCGUGUUUCUGGCUCUCGCCAUCACUUUAGCGCUGGUGUUUUUCCCACGCAGCCCAGAAACAACUCCCCCUUUCAAAGAGAUAGAGAUAGUGGACACUUUGUUCAUCGGCCGCUAUGUACUGCUGGCGGUGGCGGGUGCAGUCUUUCUAGUGAUGCUCUUCAUGCUGCUCCCCUUUCAUUUCCUGGAGCCAGUGCAUGCCAAGGCCUUAAGAACACACUAGAGCUGCCAUGGGGAUCACACCGCUGAUGGACACAAC